UCGAUACGUAGUAAUCAAAAUUUAAUUUACAAAGUUCAACAUUUAAGUAUUAAGUUUGGUUUGAUAAUGAAGAUUUAAUAUCAAUUAAAGGAACAAUUUUAAUUGGGAUACUUUAAAAAAGAUGUCAUGCAAUGAUGUGGCCAAUUCGUCCACCAUCUCCAUCAUAGACUCAAGUCUAGAAGAUGGCAAGAGCAGUAGGUGGCUGUCUUUCUCUAAAAUGCAUAGACUGGCUCUCAGCGCAUCUAGUGGUGAUGGAGAUGUGUCCACAUUUGAUUGUGAUCGUGACCUGACACCAGGCAGCUUGGAGGUGUGGCAGGAUCUACCAGAUUCCAUUAAAUACGAUCCAGCACUUGCGCCGUUUAAACAGCUAUACGAACAAAGAUAUGGUGAGCCUUUAUCGCCUGGGAUUGUAUCGCCUGAGGAAAACGGGAAUUUAGUCAUUAAAAAAUCGGAAACUGUCAUAGCCGUUGAGAAAAAUGAAGCCAAAGAGAAUAGGAAAUCCGCAAAAAAGGAAAAAGUAUCGUCACGCAAGAAACAGAUUGAAAAAUGGCUGAGGUUCGCUAAGCUAACAUUAUUAGUAGCCGGCUGGGUGAUGCUCACAGUAGCGUUGCUACUUAACAGAGAGAAAACUGAUGUUCUACUUCACACAGCUGUCAGUGGUGGAGAAGUCAAAGAAUACGUACUAAAUACUUCAAAAGAUGCCUUCAGUACGCUAAUCACUUUAACGGGUCCUUUUGGAGGUCACAACACCUCCAAACAAUUAACAAUAUGGUUGCGCAGGAGUUACGAAGAUGGCGAUGUGCAGGAAUCCUCAAAGUGGAAAAUAAAGCUGCAACCAGAUGACGUCAUAGACUUUUCUCCAAGUGCAUCCGAAUCCAAAAUACUCAUUCUCGAAAAUAUGGGACGUAAUAGGAAAGAGAACAGCACAGAAGAUGAAGAUUUUCGAAAUGGAACAGUUACGCUCCGUAUGUCAACGAACAGCAAUAAGACGGUGCCUCUCACUCUCACAUACCAGCUGGAUCCUUUGUCAGCGGAAGAUGGAAUUAUAUAUGCGGCUCUUCUCUUGUUGACGCUUUAUGUUUUAAUUAUUUUUGAGAUAGUCAAUCGAACAAUCGCCGCGCUGCUAUCGUCAUCCUUAGGCAUUGCAGUUCUGGCCAUCAAUGGCACCAGACCGACACUCCAGGAGCUGGUCUCCUGGCUGGACUCGGAGACACUGCUGCUGCUCUUCAGCAUGAUGAUUUUAGUUGCUAUACUUGCGGAGACGGGGCUGUUUGAUUACCUUGCAGUUGUUGCUUUUGAGGUCACCGGAGGAAGGACCUGGCCCCUGAUUAACUGCCUCUGCUUCUUUACCGCUUUCUUCUCCACAUUCCUGGACAACGUCACAACUGUGCUGUUGAUGACACCGGUAACAAUACGAUUAUGCGAAGUGAUGCAGCUGAACCCAGUUCCCGUCCUCAUGUCAAUGGUGAUCUUCAGUAACGUGGGUGGGGCUGCCACUCCCGUGGGGGACCCGCCCAAUGUCAUCAUCGCCAGUCAUCCAUCAAUAUUAAAUGCGAAUAUCAACUUCACAAACUUCACACUUCACAUGGGCCUUGGAAUAUUGUUCGUGAGCGUACAGACGUACUUUCAACUCCGAUUUAUAUUUAGAGAUAUUAAUUCAUUAAGACAUGCUGUACCAAGAGAUAUUGUGGAACUUCGCCAAGAGCUGGCCGUAUGGAAGCGUGCGUCGGCGUCUCUCAGUCCCUACUCCAGAGACGAGGACAUUGUCAAGCGGGCUCUGGAAAAAAAGGUACAGAGACUAAAUGUUCUGUUGUUGAAAAAAGAGAGCGGAAGUGGUACGAACAAGAAUGACCCGCUUUUCUGUUCCACUCUUGCGCAGAUGAAGGAAAAGUACUGUAUACGAGACAAGGCUCUGCUUAUAAAAGCCUCCAUUUGCGUCACCUUCGUCGUGGUGGUCUUCUUCCUUCACGCGAUACCACAGCUCCAAAAUCUCUCUCUAGGUUGGACAGCAUUAUUAGGCGCAAUUCUCUUACUCUUACUAGCGGAGAGGGAAGACUUGGAGCCGAUUUUGGCACGAGUUGAGUGGUCGACUCUACUCUUUUUUGGUGCUUUAUUUGUUUUAAUGGAGGUACUGUCCAAACUAGGGCUCAUAGCAUGGAUUGGCAGACUGACAGAAAACCUCAUUUUGCAAGUUGGUGAAGAAUCAAGACUUGCUGUGGCCAUUAUGCUGAUCUUAUGGGUGUCUGGCCUGGCGUCAGCAUUCGUGGACAACAUACCACUGAGUACAAUGAUGGUACGAGUAACGGCAGCCUUGUCUGAUCCCACUGGCUUGGCAUUACCACUCCAGCCACUAGCGUGGGCUUUGAGCUUUGGCGCUUGUUUGGGUGGUAACGGAACCCUUAUUGGCGCCAGUGCAAAUGUCGUGUGCGCAGGAGUCGCCGAACAACAUGGCUACAGAUUCACGUUCAUGGAGUAUUUGAAGAUUGGGUUUCCUAUUAUGAUUGGAAAUCUUAUUGUUGCGUCGAUUUAUUUACUGUUCUGUCAUGUUCUGUUUACGUGGCAUUAAUUUUGCCAAUUCCAUAAAUAUUUAUUUCGUUCGGAGCUAGCCGAAAAAACAGUUUGAUGCAAAAUGUUUUAUGUAGGUUAAAAUGUGAUCUAUAAAAGACAACAUAAAAAUAAUUAUGUAAUAGUUAACGGUAUUUUAUCAAAUUCACUGUGAUGAAGUGCCUUAAUUAUAUUAAUAUAUAAUAUAGAACUCUUCUAAAACAUAAACAUAAUAAAUUACUGUACCUACUACUAAUUACUAAGUCGGAAAAUCGUCGAAUUUUGUAUUGAAACCAAGUGAAAUUCAUCGUCGUAACCAAUCGUAUGAAACCAUGACAACAACAAAUAUGUCUACCGAGAGUGGUCUAUUAAACUAUCCCUAAUUGUAUAUUUAAAUAAUUAUGCCCUAACUACUUAAUAAAUGUAAGAGAAUGGGGAAGUUUAACAAAUGUAAGAGAAUGGGGCAGUUUAAUAAAUGUAAGAGAAUGGGGCAGUUAAAUAAAUGUAAGAUAAUUGCGAAGUUUAACAAAUGUAAGAGAAUGAGGCAGUGUUUAACGUCCUAUAGUGAACUUAAUCUUUAAGUGAAUAUGUCGAUCGGACUUGCUAUAGUGCUCACGGCUUAUCUAUUAUAUAGGUCCACUGUGAAUCGCAGCAGUAUUAUUAUAUAAAUUAAUUAUUACGUAAAUACCAAAUAAAUAUAAAACAUAAUGAUUUUCUCUUAAUCAUGAUUGUGUAAAAGCAGCCAAUGCCGCCUUUACAACGCAUUUUUUUUUAAUUUAGAAAUCAAUAGCCUAUAAUGGUGAAAAGAAUUUCUAAAUCAGUCCAGUAACUCCUAAAUAAGUUUAAUUUUAAAAUUAAAAAAAAAUCGUUGCACACAUUCUAAUUAGUAUACGUUUUAAAUGAAGUCUUUAAAGUGAAUGAUAUUCGUACAAUUCAAUUAUAAGUCAAAUUAAAGAAUUUGAAAUUAUAAUCAAUGUUAAUCAUGUAUUUUUUUAUUAAAACGAGCACGUUUUGAUGAUAACGCGCGAUGUAGGUUACAUUGUGAUACUUGUGUAGUAUUUCUAUCGUACUUAAAAACUGCCAAUCAAGACACUUGAAUGGUUUUUAGAAUAACCGUUUCUUUAAUUCCUGCGAAAUAUGUCCAUCAGAUGCAGAAAGAUUAGAAAAGUAAAAAGAGAAAGAAUUUGACAUUCAAAAUUCAAGGAAACAUGGUGGCUAUCCAAAUAGUCUUGAUACAAAAGAUUUGUAGAUUCUUCUAUCAAAGGCUGUUAAAUUCCUAUAAAAAUACCGAACAGACUUAUGAGAAUCGGUUGUAAUUCAUAAUUGAUAUGUUAUUUUAAAAAUAAUUAUAAGAAUAUAUAUGUAUAUAAUAAUUCGUAAAAAAAAUAUUCAAAAAUUUCAAAAAAAUAUAAAAUUCGAUCCCAUUAUUAUUUUGCUAAAUAAAUAUUUACAAAAAAGCCCCGAAUGUGAUCUAUGUCUACAAGGUACGUAAUUAAAAGAAUUUUAUUAAUAGACUACAUAUUAUGUCAUACUUUCCAAAGGCCGAUUAUCUUAUUUUUAAUUUUAGUAUGAAUCGGCCUUUAGAAAACAAUUUUAAAGUUUAACAUUAUGUAAAAUGCUUUGAAAGCUCCAUGUAACGUCCAAUAUUUAUUAUAUGCCUCCCAGCUCAGUGGUAAGCAUUAAACAGCCUUAGUUUUAAUUAAAAAUAUAUAUAUUUAGUUUUUUUUAAUUAAAUAGAUUAGAAAGUAGACCUUUACCACUGAGCUGGUAGUGGAAACUAAUGACUUACCAUAAUUUUAUAUUAAUGUACGUAUUAAAAUUAGGCUUUAAUCGUUAAAGUAUUAAUAAAUAUUUA